AUGGAUAGAAGGUCUGCUAGAAUAAAAGCAGAGUUAGAAAGAUAUGGCUGGAGAGUUUCAAAGAAUUUUAAAUAUAGGAAGGGAAGACCCAUAAAAGUUUAUGACAAACUGGCUGGUCUGACCUACGAAAUGGACUUGGAAACAGCGCGCACAAAUUAUCCAAACAGAUUAGAGAGGUUAGAAGAAGAACGUCUUAUGGACAUGCCUUUCGAUGUUAGUGAACCUCAAGUUGAAGGACACGACGGCUUUGCCAGAUUCUACUGGAAACAUGACGAACAAUUGCAUCCUUUGAGAAGGAAAAAAGGAAAAGGUGAAGAUGCACAUGCUCCCAUGGAAAGAACAAGAUAUGCAUAUGAAAAGUACCGUGAAGUUAGAAGUCAAAUUACAUCUGGUCGAACCUUUACAGUAAACUUUGACGAAGGAAAGAACAAAGAAGGCUUCAUGGGUGUACUUGCUGCCAUACAAGACGGAAAUAAGAAAGGAUACAAUCUCAGACUAACCAUAACAGAUUUGGACGGUCACAUUUACUAUGCACAUGGCAAUGUCACAACAGCUGCAAUGCUUCUUGACGCUUUCAAGACUACAAAGAGAGAACAAAUGGUUGACUCCGACUCAGACAUUUUGAAUGCAAUUGAAGGAAUUGCAAGUGUCAAGUUCGAAUGGUACCAACCUAACCCUCAAGCAGUCAGACAACAUGCUGGAUACUUCCCGUUCAUAAAUAAGUCUGACAUUGACUUGACAAGGUAUGGAAUUUACAAUUCAAUUGAAACAAUUGUCAAUGAACCUUGUAUUCUUACAUGUCUCAGGAACUCUGGUCUUGUUUCAGAAGAGAAGAUGAAGUAUCUUGAGUCAUGUGUGAAGACAAGGUACAUUCUCAGAGGUCAAUUGGCAAAAAUUGCACCGUUGGCAAAUGUCAAUAUCCGAGUCAACAUACCUACAGCUAAAG